UGCAGGGGGGCGGGGAGAGCUGCCGGCCGCCCCGCUCUGCCGGGCCCAGCAGGAAGGAGGGCGCGAGCAGGAGGGCGCGGGCGGCGCGAGCGGAAAAGGCGCCCCGCGCGGGCGAGCGCAAAAAAAGGAAAGAAAGAAAACGAGCGAGCGAGCGAGAAGGGAGAGAGAGCGAGCGAGCGGGCGAGCGGGCGAGCGCGCGCGCGAAAACUCCGUCAGGAAGAUUCUGGGACCAGCUCUUGGAUUUCUAAGGAUCAGAAUUUGCUCAGCAUCCUCACUGUUAACCACUUUGGUUUCGUCUGUCAUUCAAGCUUAUUUGGCUGUUUCUUGUCUUCUGCUCUUGUCCAGUACCAUCUGUUGCUGAUACAGAAGGAUUCCAGGGACAGGUUCUCACACUGUGUAGCUCUGGUUGUUUUGAAACUUGCCAUGUAGACCAAGGUGGCUUCAAACUCACAGAGAUCUGCCUGCUUCUUACUGAGUGCUGGAAUUAAAGAUCCUUGGAUGCCCACUGGACAGAAACUUGAAACUUGAGAUCAUCUUCAUAUCAUAGCAGAGUCUCAACCUGUUCAUUAUUUGGGGAAGAGAUAGCCCAUGUGCUGUGGAGAUGAGUGGGGAGCAGCAGCUGGAUGCAGAUUCUGGGCCUGGUGCAGAAGAAGAAUUCAGCUGGGAGGAUUAUCUAGAAGAGACAGGCUCCACCACAGUUCCCUAUGCAUCAUUUAAACAUGUGGACAUACGUUUGCAAAAUGGCUUUGCUCCUGGGAUGAAGCUGGAGGUAGCUGUGAAAAAAGAUCCGGAAACUUACUGGGUUGCCACUGUCAUUACUGCCUGUGAGCAGUUACUCUUACUCCGUUAUGAAGGCUAUGGGGAAGACCGGAAAGCAGACUUCUGGUGUGAUAUCAGGAAAGCUGGCCUCUAUCCCAUUGGGUGGUGUGAGCAGAAUAAGAAGACUCUUGAAGCUCCAGAAGGCAUCAGAGAUAAAGUGUCUGAUUGGGGUGCAUUUCUAAAGCAGACCCUGAGAGGAGCCUGUUGUCCUGUGUCUCUGCUAGAGGGCCUCCGUCAUGGAAGGAAUCCUUUAGACCUCAUUGCCCCGGGAUCCAGACUAGAAUGCCAAGCUUUUCAGGACUCUUUAAGCACUUGGAUUGUUACUGUUGUUGAGAACAUUGGGGGACGGCUGAAGCUGCGUUAUGAAGGACUUGAAAGUUCUGACGGUUUUGAACACUGGUUGUAUUACUUAGAUCCGUUUCUUCAUCACAUUGGUUGGGCUGCUCAGCAAGGAUAUGAACUUCAGCCCCCACUAGCCAUCAGGCAUCUGAAAAAUGAAGCUGACUGGCAAGAGAUUCUGGCGAAAGUAAAAGAGGAAGAGGAAGAGCCAUUGCCCUCUUACUUAUUUAAGGAUAAGCAAGUUAUUGGAACCCAUGAAUUUUCUGUAAAUAUGAAAUUGGAAGCUGUGGACCCAUGGUCUCCCUUUGGGAUUUCUCCUGCUACAAUUGCUAAGGUUUUUGAUAGUAAGUACUUUCUGGUGGAAAUGGAUGACCUUCGACCAGAAGACCAUACAAGGAGAUCAUUUGUGUGCCAUGCUAACAGUCCUGGCAUCUUUCCUGUGCAGUGGAGUCUAAAGAAUGGUUUACACAUCAACCCUCCUCCAGGCUUCCGGAGCCAGGACUUUGACUGGGCUGACUACCUCAAACAGUGUGGUGCCGAAGCUGCCCCCCAAAAGUGCUUCCCUCCGUCAAUUUAUGAGCACCAGUUUAAGAAGAACAUGAAAGUGGAGGCAGUGAACCCUCUUCUCCCUGAAGAAGUCUGCAUUGCCACCAUUACUGCAGUGAGAGGCUCUUACCUGUGGCUCCAGCUAGAAGGUUCUAAGAAGCCUAUACCUGAAUUUAUUGUAAGUGUGGAGUCGAUGGAUAUAUUUCCUUUGGGAUGGUGUGAAGCCAAUGGCCAUCCUCUCAGUACUCCUCGUCGGGCACGAGUGCAUAAACAAAGGAAAAUUGCAGUGGUUCAACCAGAAAAACAAAUACUUUCUUCAAGAACUGUCCAUGAGGGCCUGAAGAAUCAGAUGAACUCCACAUAUUCAGUGAUGACCAAUGGAAAAUAUUGUUGUCCAAAGAUCUACUUCAACCACCGUUGCUUCUCAGGGCCAUACCUUAACAAGGGAAGAAUUGCUGAGCUGCCUCAAUGUGUAGGUCCUGGGAACUGUGUUCUGGUACUUAGAGAGGUCCUCACUUUACUUAUCAACGCAGCCUACAAACCCAGCCGUGUCCUUCGUGAGCUCCAGCUGGACAAAGACUCUGUGUGGCAUGGAUGUGGGGAAGUCCUAAAAGCCAAAUAUAAAGGAAAGAGUUAUCGAGCUACUGUUGAGAUAGUGAAAACCGCGGAUCGAGUGACUGAAUUCUGCCGGCAAACGUGUAUCAAACUGGAAUGUUGUCCUAACCUCUUUGGUCCACGGAUGGUCCUGGACACAUGUUCUGAGAACUGCUCUGUUCUUACAAAGACUAAAUACACACACUAUUAUGGAAAGAAGAAAAAUAAAAGAAUUGGAAGGCCACCUGGUGGUCAUAGUAAUUUAGCUUGUGCCCUGAAAAAAGCCAAUAAGAAGAGAAAAAGGAGGAAAAAUAUUUUUGUGCAUAAGAAGAAACGCGCUUCUGCGUCUGUUGACAAUACCCCAGUGGGCUCACCCCAGGGCAGUGGGGGUGAAGAUGAGGAUGAUGCAGAUGAUGGAGAUGAUGAUUCUCUAAGUGAGGAUAGUGCAUCCGAACAACAGGAUGAAUUACAGGAAGAAUCCGAAGUGUCAGAAAAAAAAUCAUGCUCCCCUUCUCCCACCCAGAAUGAGAUGCCCACCCCACUACCCCCAGACACAGAGAUGAGUAAAAAGGAACUCCGCACUCCUUCAUUCUCAGAUGAGGAAAAUAAGCCUCCUUCACCAAAGGAAAUAAGGAUUGAAGUUGACGAAAGGCUUCACCUGGACAGUAACCCACUGAAAUGGAGCGUGGCAGACGUUGUGCGGUUCAUCAGGUCCACUGACUGUGCUCCACUGGCAAGAAUAUUCCUUGACCAGGAAAUCGAUGGGCAGGCCCUUCUGCUCCUUACCCUUCCCACUGUUCAAGAGUGCAUGGACUUAAAGUUGGGCCCUGCCAUCAAGCUUUGCCAUCACAUAGAGAGGAUCAAGUUUGCUUUUUAUGAGCAGUUUGCCAACUGAGAAGGACAAGCAGAGUGAGCUGGGUCUUUGAAGCACAGUGCAGCAAACCCUUUACCAUGCUCUGCAGGUGGUUGCAGGAGUCCUGGGGCUGUCAGCCCUGCAAAUGUUGGCUUGCUUUCUUUGCACUUUCAGGGAAGGAGGACCCACACUGAGGAAGCGAAAACAGCACAAAAAUGGCUGUCCUACAGUGGAAAUACGAACUUCUGUUCAGAAGAUUGCAGUUAAAAAAGUUGUGAGAAGAAAAAAACACCUUAAAAACAUGAGUUCCCAUGAAUGGGAAAACAGAGAGUGAUCUGGACAGCACCAGUUUGGUUAUUUUCAUUCUAUUCCUUCCCACUGUAGAUUGAACUUUGUUCUCUGCUUUCUCUUUCUUGAAAAGAGGACACAGCUUUAAGUCAGCACUGAUUUGGGACUGUGCCUAAGGCACAUCAGUGCUUCAUUGUCAUUGUGUUUUUUAAGCUUUUUCUUUUUCUUUUUUCUUUUUUUUAAAUUAAAGCAGUUCAUUUUGGGGAUGAUUAUGUGGCUCUAAGGUUUUGAAUGUAUAGUCUACACUUUGAUCCAUUUUAAAAUCUAUUCUUAGGAGUUCCUUUGUUUACUACCUCUGUUGAUGAAUGCGCUUACAGCCAUGAGUGACAUUUUUGUAUGAUGCCAUUUUUAAGCUGAAUGCUAAAUCUGUGACAGAAGUUAGAGAAGGCCCUGUCUGCUUUCUUAAAGAUAUCCUUUUGGCACUUACACCAAUCUCUUAACCAAUUUGUCCUAAGAAUUCUACUGUUAUUUCCUUCAUCUUGACCCAGUUUUGGCCACCUUUGUUAGGCGGCCUCACAAAGACUAAUGUAUGGUAUUUCAGUUUAAUUACUUCUCCCUAUUAGUUUUGAAAGAUACUUAAGUGGCUUUUAUUUUAUGUUCAUUUUUCUCUAGAGUUGUUUGACUACCUCUGUUUCAUUUCUGGAGUCUCUACUCUCAGUGAAAAUCAGUAGGUGGUGUUUGGAUCCACUGUAAAGCCCAUUUUCCAAUUUUCUAGAUGUGUCCAGGUAGAAGCACAGCAGAGAAAAUGUGGCUUUGGGGGUGGCGCAAAGUAUGGAGUUUGUUAGCAGUGUCCUCCAUGAUAAGUAUUGAGAAGUAGUUAUGGGGUCCAUGACUGCACCACCCCAAAUGUCCCAGAUCUUGUCUUAUCUGGAAAGCCAAUCAGAGUUGGUUGGUACUUCGAUGAGAGAGGUGGUGGUGGAGUCUGUUAGCCUCUGUUCAGCCAUGUGUAUACCUGUCUGCAGUUAAACCAAUUUAAAUUUAAUGUAAUUUACAGUCUGAGGAUUCUCAUUCAGUAGCUCAUUCUUUGAAUUUUUUUUUCAAUUAAAUUCUAGUUGACAUGAAACUCUAGGUGAAUUUUCACUUAUAAUGACAUUGUUAGCUAUUCUAGAAGAAUAGCACUUGCUAUACUAUCCAUGAGUAAGGAAAGACAUACAUACACAGGUUGCCUCCUUUAAAUGUUUUCCUUGUUAAUUAUUUAUUUAUUUAUUUAUUUUGGGGUUACCCUAAUCUCUUUACAGAUUUAUACCCUAAGCAUUUUUCCUCAAGAAUUGAAAAUGUUUUAAAACUGCAAACUGAGUAAAUUCUGAACAACUAUACAAAUAUAAGGUAAUAUUACAAAUUUAAA